AUGCCAGUUGUUGUCCCCAGACGAAUUGCAAGACCAAAAUUAGAUCUUCCGGAGCUUAAAGAGCCGGAAAUUAAUUAUUUGAAAAAUGGCCCGACUGGAAACAUUUGUCUAUCCGGCGUCACUCUGCCUGUUGUUGCUGAUAUGAUUCACGGCGGAACUCGGAUUGGUAGCGGAGAAGGACAUGCUGCAGUGUAUCGAUUGGUGUAUAACGGGAUGGUUAUUGCGAGAAAAGAUGUUAGAGUUCAACUAACAGCAGGUGGUGAUAAUGCUGAUAUCAACAAGAUGUUAAAUAAGAAACUUCGAGAAGUGGAUGUUAUCAAAGGAUGUUCUCCGUGCCCAUUCAUUGUUCACUUCUACGGUUACUAUGUUCAUAAAAGUGUUGGGAUCGUGAACAUUCACAUUUUCAUGGAAGAAUUGGCAUUGAGCGCUUCAUUCUUGAAAAAAGAGAUCCUAAGAAGAAAAGAAACUAUUCCAGAAUUUGUGAUCGGCCGAAUCACCUGCUCUGUUGUUCAUGCGUUGUGGUUUUUGAAAGAAAAAAUGAACAUCAUUCACCGAGACAUAAAGCCAUCAAACAUCUUAAUUGACAACGACGGAAGAGUGAAAAUCUGUGACUUUGGAAUCAGUGGAGUUCUCCAGGAUUCUCUUGCAGUUUCAGCAAUUGGCUGCCAGCAAUAUACUGCUCCCGAAAUCAACGCGCAAGCCUUUAUUUUUUCCCCUGGUUACUCAAUCAAAAGUGAUAUUUGGUCCCUUGGUAUCACUAUAUUUGAGCUGGCCACGCUAACACUGCCUUACCCAACAGACCUCCAAGAGUUUGCUUUGACUGCCUGUAUCAAUUCUUCAGCAGCGCCUCGUCUAAAAACAGGCGAACACAGCGACAUCCUUGUGGAUUUUGUUGCAAAAUUACUCCAGUUUGACAUAGACAACCGACCAAAUCUAACUGGAGUUCAGGAAUUGGCAUUCUUCAGAGAGCAUGACGUGCCAUUUUCUUGCGUUGGUACAGGAAUGGGAAUAUUAGACGAUAAUGAAGCUAGAAGACCGUCUGUGGGAGCGUGGUUAGAUGAAGUCCGUUUUUAUUGA